CAAUCAUCCAUCAAAUCCAAGCUGUUCUUCCUUACUUUUGCCCUACCAUCCAAAACCCUAGAAUGGAGAAAUAUCAAAUUAUGAUUAUCAACAGUUGACUGGCCGGUGCCGGUGCCGGAAAUCCCUGCAAAAUGUUGUAUCAUCCGGCCAAAAUCCUCUAACUAUGCACGUCAACAGCCGGAGGCUCAAAGUCCUCCUCUUCCUCUUCUUUCUCAACUCGGUUUCUCUCUACCUCUACUUCUCUGCCCAUCCCGACUAUUUCCGCCACUAUUCCAAGGAGGAAUCCGCUCGUUCUCACACCGGAAACCGCCACACCCUGACGGAGAACCGUCAACACUUCCAGUUCCCGCUCGCUUCAACCGCUAAACCCUGGCCGAUCCUUCCUUCUUAUCUCCCUUGGUCUAUAAAUCCCAACGUCUCCCUUCGAUCCUGCGAGAGUUACUUCGGUAACGGAUUCACGCGCCGAAUAGAUGUACUUGAAUCCGCGACGCUUGAUAUUCGCCGGAAAUCGGUGGAUGUAGGUGGUAGAGGUUGGUUUAGGUGUUAUUAUAGUGAGACUUUACGCAGUUCUAUUUGCGAAGGCGGAUGGAUCAGGAUGCAUCCGGAGAAGAUUCGGAUGUCGAUCGGAGGAGAGAAUUUGGAAGUUGUGAUCGGAAGAGGGGAAGAGGAGGAAUUGCCGGAUUUCGAAGCUGGAGCUUUUGAUAUUGAGGUAACGGAGAGAUCAAUUGGUGAUGGGAAGCUUGUUGAUGCUGAAUUCCUUGAUAACUAUCUUCAUCAUGGUGUGAUUUCGAGGCAUACUGUGCGAGCUUUGGUUGAUUCCAUUCGAUUGGUCGGAACUAGAGACUUCGAGUGCGCUGAGUGGAUUGAGGAGCCAACUCUUUUGGUGACACGGUUCGAGUAUGCUAAUCUUUUUCACACAGUAACGGAUUGGUAUAGUGCGUAUGUGAGUUCCAGAGUUACAGACUUGCCUAGUCGACCUCAUUUGGUUUUCGUUGAUGGUCAUUGUGCGGCACCCUUAGAAGAAACAUGGAAGGCCCUUUUUUCAAGCCUGAAAUAUGCAAAAAACUUCACCGGUCCAGUCUGUUUCCGCCAUGCUAUCCUUUCACCUUUGGGAUACGAAACCGCCCUUUUUAAAGGAUUAACAGAAGAUCUAGAUUGUCACGGAGCAUCUGCCCGUGAUCUAUGGCAAAAACCCGAUCUUACAAAAACUGCCAGAAUAUCGGAGUUUGGUGAGAUGAUAAGAGCCUCUUUUGGUUUCCCAGUUGACAGACAUCGGUCCAUGAAACCAACCUCAACUCAUAAUGUCCUUUUCGUUCGACGUGAAGACUACUUGGCUCAUCCAAGACACGGAGGCAAAGUAGAAUCGAGACUGAGCAACGAACAAGAAGUGUUUGAUUCCGUGAAGAAUUGGUUGGCAAAUGGUCAAAAGUGCAAGAUAAACCUAGUUAACGGCUUGUUUGCUCAUAUGCCCAUGAAAGACCAAGUUCGAGCCAUUCAAGAUGCUUCUGUUAUUAUAGGAGCUCACGGGGCUGGUCUUACUCAUAUAGUUUCUGCAACCCCAAGAACUAUAGUUUUAGAAAUUAUUAGCAGUGAAUUCAGGCGGCCACAUUUCUCCUUGAUUUCGGAGUGGAAAGGGUUGGAGUAUCAUGCCAUAAAUCUGGUUGGAUCUUAUGCUAAUCCCUCUGAGGUUAUUGAGAACCUCGGAAACAUUUUGCAUAGCCUACGAUGUUGAUAUAUAAUAAUAAUCGGGAGAAACAAUACGAGAUUUUGACUAAAUUGGAAGGGCUGGAUAUUGGUAUGAUCUAUGGGUUAGAAUUGAAUAAUGAUUUUGUUACAAGAUUGUUUGGAAGUAAAAGAAUCGGGCGGUGGCCCUGGCUCUAGUUUCGGGUGGGGCGCCUAAAUUCUUUAAUUUGUUUGUUGAGAACAAAUUCUAUCAUUGUACAUCAUACAUUCACACAUGCUUAUUAUUCUUGUUUGUAGUUUAUUUUAGUAGUUUUGAUCUUAUUAUUAAUAGGUUAUUAUGUUACAAGUGAAGUUGAACCUUUGUC